GUUCUCAUCGCCGAAACAUGGAUAGUAAUCCUUUCGUAUACCCUCCAAAAUUCGAUUCAAACUGUCUCUGUUAUCAUCGCUGGACGGCUUGGGCCGGACGAAUUGUCCGUGGCAGCAUUCUCACUGAUGCUAGCCUUCGUAACUGGCGAUAGGUGGUGUGUCGCCCUUGGGGGGACUACAGCUCUGGAUACCCUCGGUUCACAGGCCUUUACUGGGGGCAGUAAGCCAACCGAUCUAUCCAUCCAUUUUCAGAGGUGCCUCAUCAUUUUAUGGUCACUGUUAAUUCCUGUCGCUCUUGUCUGGGCUUUUAUUGAGCCCAUUCUUCUUUCCUUGGGCCAACCUCCAGCGCUUAGUCGAGACGUUCAGCAAUUUCUUCGCGUUUUAAUAUUCGGAGCCCCAGGUUACAUUGGCUUUGAGAGCUUGAAGAAAUAUCUACAAUGCCAAGGCGGGUCCCGCAUCAUGGGAGCGUCGACAAUUAUUUUGGCGAUUGUAUCGCCAAUAAAUAUCCUGCUGCAUCUUUGGCUCAUUCACCACACCUCUCUUGGAAUCCUAGGUUCUCCUCUAGCCUUGUCGAUUACCUACUGGAUCUGCUUUCUUCUUCUGGGGGUUCUGACAUACUUCUCGCAAAAACACAGAGAAAAUGGGACAUGGGGCGGUAUUCGUCUCGGCGAAGUGCUAAGCUUUACGAGUUGCUAUCAGUUCUUACAGCUCGCGAUUCCCGGAAUUUUGAUGGUGGGAACAGAGUGGGCUGCCUUUGAAAUUGUUGCCUUGGCUGCAGGACGGCUUGGGGCUGUUCCUCUCGCUGCACAGUCCGUGAUUAUGACUACAGAUCAGAUAUUAAACACCAUUCCCUUUGGCAUCGGGGUGGCGGCGUCCACACGGGUGGGGAAUCUUAUCGGGUCUCGUAAUGCAUCUGGCGCUAAGCAUGCAGCCCACGCGUCAGCUCUCAUGAGCGUGAUAGUCGGCGCUCUCGUAAUGGUGGCUAUGAUUGCUUUUAAAGAUGUGUAUGGCUAUUUUUUCAGUGACGAUAAGGAUGUCGUGUUGCUAGUCAGCAAAGUCAUGCCACUUGUCGCAUCAUUUCAAGUCGCAGACGGUCUUGCAGGAUCGUGCGGUGGUGUCCUUCGCGGACAAGGCCGUCAACAUCUUGGUGCCCUUUUCAACAUUGUUGCUUACUACGUCCUUGCCCUUCCGAUGGGGCUUACACUCGCGUUUCACCCGCGUGCUGACCUCGGUCUCCAAGGGUUAUGGAUUGGUCAAGUUGUCGCGCUGUUCAUUGUUGGCAUCGGUGAAUAUUGUGUUGUUUGGUUGGGAACAGAUUGGGAAAAGGAAGUCCAGUUGGGCAUUGAGAGAACCGGAGCGACACCAAACUUCACUUCACUUCGGGAAUUCCGGGAUGAAGCUUAUACUUGA